AUGAUCGACGAUACUAUCACUUUCGACCGUCCUACCCCGAAGCCUGUUGACAAUCCCAACAAUAACACCAAUWAGAUAGUGCCCCCGUGGUGGAAGAGGCUUUUCGACAGACUCAAGAGGCUGGAUAAGCUGCGCGGCAAGAAACCUCCGUCACCAAGGAAUCCUGAGAAGCCGAACCCUAAAGUAAAUCCCGAAAACCCAGGCCCUGAAGCGAAUCCUAAAUACCCAGGCCCCAAUUUGAAUCCUGAUGAUCCGGCCCCUGGAAUACCAAGACCUGACGAUAAUGUUCCUGGAGGACCGGAUGAUGGAGUAUGGCAAGAUCCUCAUGAAGGAUGGGGCAGACCUCUCGAUGAAUAUCCCCUUACCUACGACCCGCUUGAAAAGUUGGACAUGGUUAAAGAUAUCGAGCUCCUGGGUAUCGAUGGCGGGGCCCCCUCUGUAGCCGAUUCGCUGGAAUUGAUCUACAGGCCAGACCAAUGGUCGCAGGCGCGGCAUCUAGGGCGGCCAAAUAAGGCGCCAAAGAAUUGGCUACCUCGAGAGGAACUACAAGAGUAUCUUGAAAUUGAAGACAAAGCUCGAAAUGCAGAGUCCGUACUCGAGAAGGAAGCGCAAGCGCAAACUCUCGAGGAAACCGCGGAGGGGAUUGCUGGAUCUCAAGGUUCUGAAGUGAGAAGGUUGCGCAACGAGGCUGCGAUAAUGGAGGCGAAAGUGGUCGAGGGUGUGGACAGCCGUAAUUCGUUGUGGAAUGAAGCCGUUGACCAAGUUGGCGAGCUAUUGGAAACGGACGUCCCCGGAGAGUACUCGGCGGAGGUGGAGGCGAAUUUCGACAAAUUCCGGCUUACUUACGAGGCGGAAGUAAAGGCGGACUUGGGGACCAAGCAAAAGAUCAAGCGCUUGGCAGGGAAAGCGAGCAAGCUCGACUAUCAAAUCCGUCAGUCCAAUCCAAUCUACAAAUCACUCCUGGAAGACGCCGACCGUCUGCACGAAGAAAAGAUCAAAGCUAUCUCAGAGGCGAGGAAGGAUCUUCUGAAAGUCCACUGGGCAAACCAGCCCGAGAUGUUUGCACACUGGCUGUCACAAUGGGAUGGAGGCUUUUUCUGGGACAAAGGUACUACCAUUGCACAGCUCACUGAGGGAAAGGCCGAAGCGAGAAUCAGGAAGCCUUCGGAUGAAAUUGCCCCAGAUGAUACAGACCCAUACACAACGAUCACGCCAGAGCACCGGACCGACUCUGCCUCGCAAGCGACUCCAGGCACAACCGCUGCUCAUGGCCCUAAGGCGUCUAAAACCGCUGAGGGCGCUUUCACAAGUGGUAACGUGGACUCUGCUACGCGAGCAGCUCCCCCUGCUUCUGGAGCUCGGAAGACUGUCAUUGGGAAAUCGAUUCUUCCGACUAUCCCUGUAACCAAACUGGUUGUGGGGAGCAUGACUUCUGGCACCACUCGUACCUUCACUACUUCCAGCACCUCUUAUACCAUCACUACUACCGGCACCUCUCAUGCCAUCACUACUUCCGGCACCUCUCAUGUCAUCACUCAGCCUCCUCCAAUCACAACCACAAUCACGUCGCCUACGGGAACCUCGACUCCUAACUAG